AUGGGGACCGCGGGAGGCGCCCAACGAGGCAUCCGGAUCGCCAUAGAUCGAGGCGGCACGUUUACCGACUGUGUGGGAAACCCAGGCACGGGACGCAUGGAAGAUGAUAUAAUCAUCAAGCUGUUAUCAGAAGAUCCCGGCAACUACGACGAUGCGCCUCUCGAAGGGAUCCGACGCCUGAUGGAGAAGUUCACGGGCCGGCAGAUCCCGCGAGGCGAGGCCCUGGACACCAGCAAGAUCGAAAGCAUCCGGAUGGGCACGACGGUGGCCACCAAUGCCCUGCUCGAACGCAAGGGCGAGAAGAUGGCCAUGGUGGUGACCCGCGGGUUCAAGGAUUGUCUGGAAAUCGGCAAUCAGUCGCGCCCCAAGAUCUUCGACCUGGCCAUCCGCCGGCCGGACGUGCUGUAUCAGAAGGUGGUCGAGGUCGACGAACGCGUAACCCUCGAAGACUACGCCGAAGACCCUGAACGGACGCAGACCAAAAUCGAGGCCAGGCACGAGGACUACAAGAGCCACGAUCUCGUGCAGGGUCUGUCCGGCGAGGCUGUCCGGAUCCUGAAGCGGCCAGAGGAGGCCACCAUCAAAGAGCAGCUCAAGGCUUUGUACGACGAAGGCUUCCGCAGUAUCGCCGUGUGUCUGAUGCAUGGGUACACGUUCCCCGCUCACGAGGCGUUGCUUGGAAAACUGGCCCACGACAUUGGUUUCCAGCAUGUGAGUCUGAGCCAUGAGUUGAUGCCCAUGAUCAAACUCGUCCCGCGAGCAACGUCGGCUUGUGCAGACGCCUAUCUCACGCCCGCCAUCAAGAAAUACAUUUCUGGCUUCCAGGCCGGCUUCGAGGGCGGCCUCGGUACCGAGAGCGUCAAGCACGAGAAGGGCGAUAGAGGCGCCAGAUGCGAAUUCAUGCAGUCCGACGGUGGUCUCGUCGAUGUCGACAAGUUCUCCGGUCUGCGUGCAAUCUUGUCCGGGCCGGCAGGCGGCGUGGUCGGCUACGCUUUGACCUCCUACGAUCCGGAGACCAAGAUUCCAGUCAUUGGGUUCGACAUGGGCGGCACCAGCACCGAUGUCAGCAGAUACGGGUCUGGGCGGUAUGAACAUGUCUUUGAAACCACCACCGCUGGAGUCACAAUCCAGUCGCCUCAGUUAGAUAUCAACACGGUCGCCGCAGGAGGCGGAUCCCGGCUGUUCUUCCGAAACGGCCUGUUCGUGGUCGGUCCCGAGUCGGCCGGUGCUCAUCCCGGACCUGCGUGCUACAGAAAAGGUGGUCCGCUCACCGUCACCGACGCCAAUCUCUUCCUCGGCCGCCUCCUGCCCGACUUCUUUCCGAAGAUCUUUGGCAAGCAUGAGAACGAGGGGCUCGACCCGGAAGCCAGCAAGAAGCUUUUCGAAGACUUGACGCAAGAAAUCAACAGCAAGACAGACAAGAGCAUGUCCGCCGAUGAGGUGGCCUACGGAUUCAUCAAGAUCGCCAACGAGACGAUGACGAGGCCCAUCCGAUCCCUGACCGAGGCAAAGGGCCACGACACCUCGCACCACCGUCUUGCCACGUUUGGGGGCGCAGGAGGCCAACAUGCCGUCGCCAUAGCGGAAUCUCUGGGGAUCAGACAGAUCCUGAUCCAUCGCUACUCGUCGGUCCUGUCGGCUUAUGGCAUGGCUCUGGCGGAUGUCGUCGACGAGAGCCAGGUCCCGGCCUCCCACGUCUGGGACAUGGAAGGCGGAUCGAGAGAAGCAUUGAAGGCGAAGAUGGACGAGCUCAAACAGCGAUCUCGCAAACGGCUGCAAGACCAAGGCUUCGAUGACGACUCCAUCGUGUUCGAGGAGUACCUGAACAUGCGGUACCGCGGCACUGAGUCGGCCCUGAUGGUGAUCAAGCCCAGCGAGGAAGAGGCCAAGGAACUCUACGACGGCGACGACUGGGCGUUCGGCGCGGCGUUUGUGCGCCAACACGAGCAAGAGUUCGGCUUCACGCUGCCGGACCGGGACGUCAUCGUCGACGACGUCCGAGUCCGUGGCAUCGGCAAGUCUUUCGAGGGCAUGCCCAAGACGGUCGAUCAGCAAUUGAAAGAGGUCAAGCCGAAAGACGUCGCCCAGGACAAGGUCUACGCCACUUCACAGGUCUACUUCGAGGGCGGUCGCAAAGACACCAAGAUCUACAAGCUUGAGGAUCUCGAGGUCGGCACGGGCGUUGCCGGCCCGGCCAUCAUCGCCGACGGCACGCAAACCAUUGUCGUGUCGCCGGGCGCGUCAGCGCUGGUCAUCGAGACGCACGUGGUGAUCAACAUCGGCGACGAGGGAAGUGGGAGCAAGGCCAACGCCAAAGAGGUAGAUCCGAUCCUGUUGUCCAUCUUCGCGCAUCGCUUCAUGGCGAUUGCGGAGCAGAUGGGUCGGGCACUGCAGAAGACUUCUGUCUCGACUAAUGUCAAGGAGCGUCUGGAUUACAGUUGCGCCCUGUUUGACUCCGCGGGCGGCCUGGUCGCCAACGCACCCCAUCUGCCUGUCCACCUGGGCAGCAUGUCCACCUGCGUGCGGACGCAAGCGGAGAUCUGGAAGGGGAAGCUGAACAGGGGCGACGUGAUCGUCUCCAAUCAUCCAGAGUACGGCGGUACCCAUCUGCCCGAUAUCACCGUUGUCACGCCUGCCUUCUCACCGUCCGGAGAGAUUUUAUUCUACGUGGCCUCCCGAGCCCACCACGCAGAUAUUGGAGGCAUAUUGCCGGGGUCAAUGCCGCCACAUUCGCGCGAACUGUACCAGGAGGGCGCGGCGAUCAAGUCGGAGAAGCUCGUUUCCGAAGGCCAUUUCAACGAGAAGCGUAUCACAGAGCUUCUCUACGAUGAGCCGGCGCAGUAUCCGGAGUGUAGCGGGACCCGUUGUUUGGCGGACAAUCUGAACGACUUGAAGGCACAGAUCGCGGCGAACCAAAAGGGCAUUGGUCUCAUCAGUGCCCUAAUCGAGGAGUAUGGCGAGGAUGUCGUGCAGUUCUACAUGCUUAAUAUUCAAGAGAACGCUGAACGAUCAGUGCGUGAGCUGUUGAAGGACGUAAGCAAGCGCUUUGAAGGGCAAGAUCUCCAGGCCACGGACUAUAUGGAUGAUGGAAGUCCUAUAUCUCUACGAGUCACAAUUGAUCCGCACAAAGGAGAAGCAGUGUUCGACUUCGAGGGCACCGGCCCUGAAGUGUACGGCAACAUCAAUGCCCCAGAAGCUGUGACCUACUCAGCCAUCAUCUACUGUCUGAGGUGUCUGAUUGACCAAGACAUUCCGCUGAACCAGGGAUGCUUGAAACCCGUUGACGUGCGCAUCCCUCCCGGCAGUUUCCUCAGUCCGAGCGAGAAAGCUGCAGUGGUCGGUGGAAACGUGCUGACAAGCCAACGCGUUACCGACGUGGUGUUCAAAUGCUUCGAAGCCUGUGCGGCCAGUCAAGGAGACUGCAACAACUUGACCUUUGGUUUCGGAGGGAACGUAAAAGGCGGCGCGGCCAAAAAGGGUUUUGGAUAUUACGAAACCAUUGCUGGCGGUAGCGGUGCCGGCAAAGAUUGGGAGGGUACCAGCGGUGUCCAUACCCACAUGACGAACACGAGAAUCACGGAUGCUGAAGUGUUCGAACGACGUUAUCCUGUGAUUUUGAGAGAAUUCGGUCUCAGAGCUGGAAGUGGCGGAAUUGGACAGCACAGAGGUGGUGAUGGUGUCAUUCGAGAUAUUGAAUUCAGGAUUCCUGUGCAGGUGAGCAUCCUCAGUGAAAGGAGAGUAUAUCACCCAUACGGUCUGCACGGUGGAGGAGAUGCUCUAUGUGGGAAGAACAUUUGGGUCAGAAAGGUCAAGAAAGCGAAGAAACGAGGGGUUGGGGGUGAGCAUGAAGGGAAGCGCAGAGAAGAGGGUGAGAACGAUGAGUUCGAAUGGAGGCAUAUCAACCUCGGUGCGAAGAACACCGCCAGUAUGCAGCCUGGUGAGAGAAUCAUCGUGAUGACACCUGGUGGCGGCGGCUAUGGCAAAGUCGGUGAAAAGUCCAAGGUCGAACUCAAGGAGGAUUAUGAGAAGCACUGGAAGAAGGGCAGCUUGGCUUCCCGGUUGGCCGAAUGGGAGAGCAGUUCGUGA